AUGGCGGAGGAGCAAGCGUGCCUUGUGAGUGCGCGGUCCGACUCUGAAAGCUCUUCUAAACUAGGCAGCUUUGGGUCCAUAUCGCGCACAAUGACUUACACGGAAGAUAGACUUACAGGAACAGAAGGCGCUGGGGAGCCUGGAAAUGUAGCUAAUACAACAGUCAACCCACCCGAACAAAUCCCUGAUGGCAAUGAGAGUGGGGAGCUGUUAGACUAUAAUGACUCCAGUGUACUAGAGCAGUUUCAUGAAGAUGCGUUGCGCCAGGCUGGCUGUGGUCUGUCUCAAGCCCGUGUGCUACUUGCUGUGACCCUCGCUAUUGCGGGGACGUCCUUAGAGUUGUCCGCCAUACCUUUCGUUUUGCCGUCUGCAGAGAUAGAGCUCUGUAUAUUGCCGCAUGAGAAGAAUUGGCUUGUGUUGAUAAGUCUGGUGGGCGGGUCUCUGGGCGCCGUGGGAUGGGGUGCGUUAGGAGAACGCUUGGGCCGCCGUCGCACGCUAUUGUCUUGCCUCGCUGUCAACGCAGUUUUCGCCGCCAUUGCCGCUUUCAUGCCCACCUAUGGCACAUUCAUGAUGGCCAGGUUCUGCUCGGCGAUCGGGUCCGGCGGCACGGCGGCCGUUGGGUACACGUACUGUGGCGAGUGGUGCGGGCGCACCUGGCGGCGGCGCGCGCUGGCGCUGUUGGCCGGCGGCGCGGGCGCGGGCGCGCUGCUCGCCGCCGCGCUCGCAGACGCCGCGCUGCCAGACACCGGCGCCGCCGCGCUCAAGGAGAACAAGGAGCACUUCAGCGCCUGGCACAGGUACUGCUGCUCGUUGUUGUUACUGAUGCUGUCGGCGGGCGGCGCGGGCGCGGGCGCGCUGCUCGCCGCCGCGCUCGCGGACGCCGCGCUGCCAGACACCGGCGCCGCCGCGCUCAAGGAGAACAAGGAGCACUUCAGCGCCUGGCACAGGUACUGCUGCUCGUUGUUGUUACUGAUGCUGUCGGCGGGCGGCGCGGGCGCGGGCGCCCUGCUCGCCGCCGCGCUCGCGGACGCCGCGCUGCCAGACACCGGCGCCGCCGCGCUCAAGGAGAACAAGGAGCACUUCAGCGCCUGGCACAGGUACUGCUGCUCGUUGUUGUUACUGAUGCUGUCGGCGGGCGGCGCGGGCGCGGACGCCCUGCCCGCCGCCGCGCUCGCGGACGCCGUUAUGCCAGACACCGGCGCCGCCGCGCUCAAGGAGAACAAGGAGCACUUCAGCGCCUGGCACAGGUACCUCCUCCUGUGCACUUUACCAAUACUGGCUUCUUUAGUAAGCUUGAUUUGGACUCAAGAAUCGCCGAGAUAUUUACUGGACGUGGGACGAGAGGUUGAUGCCAUGAUGGUGUAUCAGAAUAUUCAUAGCAGCAAUCAAAUCCGCAUCUGCGGUAAAACGAACGUCGCUGCUGCCGGCGGAGACUCAGAGUACAGACUAGGAGAAUUGUCGCUUCCUGGCAAACGUCGGCCUCCCGCACUUCAUCAUGUUCGUCAUAGUGUCAAAAUGUUCUGGCAAGCAUUCUUUCAACUUUUUUCAAGCCCAUACCGAAGUACAACGAUCUCUCUUGGUGGAAUAUUACUUUUUAGUAUGGCUAUACAGUAUUACUUAUCGUCAUACGUUCCGGCAAUGGUGCUCAUAACUGACAGUGAAGAAUUUGAAGCAUCCAAGCGUUUAGUCGUAAAUGAAUCCUUCGUAAAUGAACACUACAACGAGACACUCGAGAACGUGCAGUACGUGGAGGUCGCUUUCCGGGACUGCACCUUCCGCGACAUGAUAAUAUCGCACGUUGAGUUCGACAAUUGUACCUUCACUAACGUCUCCUUCUCCAACAUCAUGUCUUCUUACACCAUCUUCAAGGAGUGUGUCUUCGUUAAUAGCACUAUAAUCGACACGGACAUGGAGGUGGGGCGCGAGUUGGUGGGGUGCGGGCUGUCUGGCAGUGUGGUGCGCGGUAUACGCGGCGGCUGCGCGCGGCGCGCCGAUCUGCGCUCGCGGCUGGCCGGGCUGCGCGCUGAGCAGGCGCACGCCGCGCGCGCCGCUCUGCUGUCUGCCGCCGCCGCGCUGCUGCCCUACCCCAAGCGCCUGCGGCUCCGCCCCGCCGGUACGUAUGCACACCGUACACCGCACCACACACACUUAUCUGCGCUCGCAACUGGCUGGGCUGCGCGCCGAGCAAGCGCAUGCCGCGCGCGCCGCGCUGCUGGCCGCCGCCGCCGCGCUGCUGCUCUACCCCAAGCGCCUGCGUCUCCGCCCCGCCGGUACGUAUGCACACCGCACACCCGCACCACACACACUCAUCUGCGCUUGCGACUGGCUGGGCUGCGCGCCGAGCAAGCGCAUGCCGCGCGCGCCGCGCUGCUGGCUGCCUCCGCCCCGCUGCUGGCCGCGGCCGCCGCGCUGCUGCCCUACCCCAAGCGCCUGCGCCUCCGCCCCGCCGGUACGUAUGCACACCGUACACCCGCACCACAUACACUCAUCUGCGCUCGCGACUGGCUGAGCUGCGCGCCGAGCAGGCGCAUGUCGCGCGCGCCCGCCCCCAAAAGGCGCAUUCCGCGCGCGCCGCGCUGCUGCCCUACCACAAGGGCCUGCGCCUCCGUCCCGCCGGUACUUUUCCUAUGUGCGGCGUGUAUAUUACUGUCACCAACUCUCUAUUUGGCGCGAGACGAGACAAUGCUGUAUAUUGUAGAAGCAGCAUUCAGAUUUUUUCUGACUCUCAUAUUUUAUAACGUAGGACUCGAUGUCGUGGAUUCAUACCCCGCAAAUUUAAGAUGCACUGCCCACGGUUUAAUACUCUCUGUCGCUUACAUGGGAGGAGCUGUAGUCAAAGGAAUGGGUGAACUUGGUGACAUCCUUAGUUGCGUUCUCUGUGGUCUGUUUGCCAUAGCCGCGACUGCAUUGUCCCUGUAUAAACGAUAG